AUGGGCCAUCACCUGUUCCUAGGAAGCUUGUAUCAGUCAGAGCAUGAGACCAGUACUGCUUUACGAUUUGCAAUGAGCAGAGAGGCUGAUGAGAAUGGCAGUCAUGCAUCUGGAGAAGUAAAUGCAGGACUGGCAAACUCCCCCAUCACGUGCAGGUUUGGUGCUCUGAAUCGCAGAAGACAGACUUCCGUAGCAGUGUUUAAAGUGGAAUUGACAAAUCUGAGGAUUAUCAGUCCACAAACUGCGUCCGUGCAGCGGGGCGCGGGGCUGGCGGCGGCCGCGGCGGAGGCGGAGGAGCGUGGCGGGCGGAGGCGGGCCGCCAGGCUGCGGGCCGCGCUGGAGCGCGAGCGGCGACUGGAGGAGGCCGUGCUGCGGGCAGAAGAGAACAAAAAACGGCGAGAGCUGCAGCUGGAGCAAGAAGAAAGGCUGGCGGCUGAGCUGGCGAGGUUGAACCACGAAAAACUUAAAGAUGAAAAGAUGAGGCAACAAGUAAGAGAGAACAGUCUUGAACUUCGAGAGUUAGAAAGAAAGCUAAAAUCCGCUUAUAUGAAUAAAGAGCGAGCUGCACAGAUUGCUGAAAAAGAAGCUAUACAGUAUGAGAAAAUGAAACAUGAGGGUGAAAUAGCUCAAAAGAUGAAGGAAGAGUACGAAAGGGUAAUAAAAGAAGAAAGUUCUGCAGAACUGAGGCGAAACAAGGAGAAAAUAACGUAUCAGCAAGAACUGGAGAAACAGCUUGAAGAACAAGAGAGGAGGAAGCAGGAGGCUUAUGAAGAGUUUCUAAGAGAGAAACUCAUGAUUGAUGAAAUUGUAAGAAAGAUCUAUGAGGAAGACCAAAUGGAAAAACAACUGAAGUUAGAUAAAAUGAGAGCAACUCAGACAUAUAUUGAAGAAUUUAAAAAAGAACAAGCUAUCUGGAGGAGAAGGAAACGGGAAGAGAUGGAAGAAGAAAAUAGGAAAAUUAUGGAGUUUGCCAACAUUCAGCAACAAAGAGAAGAAGAUCGGAUGGCUAAAGUUCGAGACACUGAGGAGAAAAAACAAAGACUUCAGAGCAUGAUUGCCCAGAAUCUGGAAAGAGAACAACAGAAGCGUGAAGAACUGGAACAAAUCCGCCAAGAGCUGUAUCUGGAAGAACAAGCGGAGACAGAAAGGAAGAAGGAGAUGGCAGAAAUUGAAAAGAGAAUAAGGCAACGCCUAGACUUAAGGCAAACAUAUGAAGAGCAAGUUGCUCUAAAGAAGGUAAUGCGACAAGCUAUGCAAGAAGAAGAAGAAGCCUUCAGACAACAGAUGUUGGCCAAGUUUGCAGAGGAUGAUCGCAUUGAACAGAUGAAUGCUCAGAAACGAAGAAUGAAACAGCUUGAACACAGAAGGGCUGUGGAAAAACUCAUUGAGGACCGUCGCAAACAGUUCAUUGCAGAUAAAGAGCGCGAACUUGAAGACAGACAGUUAGAGGAGAGAAGACAAGAAAACAUCCGUGCAAUUGUUGAAGAGGAGAGACAGAAACUCUUGAAAGAGCACGCGUCUAAAUUGUUGGGUUAUCUUCCUCGAGGAAUACUCAAAUACGAAGAUGACAUCAACAUGCUUGGAGAGGAAUUUAGAUUGGCUUAUCAGAAGAGAAGAGGUAAUGCAUUUUCAGGAGAGAGCUGAAAUUUCCCCCAUCUCAUCUCCGGGUUUGCCACUAGGUGUCAUCUGAUUUCUAAUGAAAACUUCCAUUUGCUGUUAACAGUGAGGAACUCCUUUUUAAUAUCAUAAAAAGUCUCCAUUUUAAGACUGGAGUUCUCCACUGAUGAGCAGUUAGUUUUAUUUAAGUGUAUGUUGUACUUGCAUUUUUCAUCAAUGAACAGUUAGGGAGGUCUCAGUUACUCUCAGUUAGUGAUGUAGCAAUGUUAAAAAUGUUUUCUCCAGCAACUCUGCAGAAACCUACGCUAGUGUAAAUCCACACGUGUAUUUCAGUAUAAGAUUCUCUUAAUGCACUAUUUCUGGUUGUAAUUCAAAGAUUUAUCUGCACUGGCAUUACACUAUUAAAAUACUAAUCUAAGUGUAGUUUGUCUCAUCUCAAAGGGGUAGGCAGGUCUGAGUUACUUGUUUCACUGUUAGUUCAUGUUACUUUGCUGGUAGGAUCUAAGCAGAGACAUUUUUCCAUUUGGAGGUCAGAAUCACCGUUUAUACCUUUCUUUCAGUGCAUAAACUUACUAUCUACGUGCCGUGUUCCUAUUCAGUUACUCCGAGGGAGGAAUCCAUUGAAAUAGCUAAGGUUUGACAGAGGGUCAUGCAAGCAGCACAGGCUUUUAUUGCUCCUGUUCAUGAAUGUACACAUGAUAUGCUCAGCUCAUCUACACUCAAAUUUUUAUCUAGUUCUUGAUUAUAAUGAUGAUAUAAUGAAAUCUUUAGGGAUGUAAUGCUUGUAGAACACCUGUGAAUGUGGAGCCAUCGCUCCUGACUGUAGCCCCAAGCAGCAGCUGAUG